AUGUCAUCAGAAGCUGAAAUUCCAGAAAUACGGGUAAAAACUGCCUAUAACGGGGAAAAAAUGAUUACUUACAUCAAUCAACAAAUAACAUUCGAUCAACUUUGCGAUGAAAUGAGAGAUAUAUGUAAAUUUUCAUCCGAUCAACUAUUCACAAUGAAAUGGAUUGAUGACGAGGGUGAUCCUUGUACUCUUUCAAAUCAAAUGGAACUAGAUGAAGCAAUUAGGCUGUAUGAUGUUAACAAAGAAUCAGAACUUGUCGUUCAUGACAAAAUUAGGUUUGUCGAGUUGGUAAUGUAA